AGGGAGGCCUUGCACCCCACAGCAGCUUCCCAGAAGUGCAAUCUUCCAAUUCUCUUUCUCCGUCACAAAUUAAAAUCAAAAUUGUAAAUCCCAAAAUGGUUUCUGUUCAUGUGCAGAAUACAGUUCUUUUUCCACUUCUGGCCUCCCACUUUCUGGAAAAGAGAAGCCAGGGUCCUCAGGUUUAUUAUGGGAUAAUUUGUGGGAGUCUGUGGAUUAGAUUAAUUUUUUUUGGGGGGGGGGGGGUUGGGCGGGGGGAAGCUGUCUUUAUUAUUUUUACAAAUAACUCCAGGCAGAAGAGUUAUCUAAUCCUCCGUCCUCCUGGGAUGGCUGCGCUUCACACAAAGCCUUUUCCCCCAGAUGCAGAAAAGCCGCCCCUCACCUGUAUAGGUAAGCCCUCAACUUACAACCAAAGUUACAACGGCACUAAAAAAAGGUGACUUGUGACCCUUUUUCAGAGUUACAAGCGUUGUAGCUGAAGAUGGGACCUUUCCUCCUGCUGCUGCUCCUGUUGACUUCUGAGCUGCCCACAGCCCAAGGAAGUUUGCUGCAACUUCAGAGCAUGAUCACCCGCAUGACCGGCAAGAAGGCCGUCCCGCAUUAUUCCUCUUACGGGUGCUACUGCGGCCUGGGGGGCAGAGGGACGCCCAAGGAUGCCACCGACAGGUGUUGUCAGAGGCACGACUGCUGCUACGAAAGGCUGGAGAAAGGGGGGUGCUGCCCCCAUUUCACGCGCUACAGCUACAGCCUCCGCUGGGGGGAAAUCCAGUGUGGCGAUGCCAACCGGUGCCAAGUGGGGGCCUGCAGGUGCGACCGGGAAUUGGCGCUGUGCCUGAAGCAAAACAAAGGCUCAUACCAGAAGAAAUACACCUUCUACCCGAACUUCCUGUGCACUGGGCGCUCUGCCCCCUGCUUGUACUCCUCAAGUAACCGUGUGACUCACUCAACGACGGCAAUGAUUCACUGCGGCAAGAAAGGUCGCAACGUCGUAGAUAAACCUUGCUUAUCACGUGUCCCAGCAACAGAAAUUUUGUGGUCGUCCGGAUUCAGGGGGAUGAAGGUCUUGUGGACGGUGGCUGUGUGGCUGCUCAGCGCCGAGGGGAGCCUGAUCGAAUUAUGGAGGAUGAUCAGGGAAGAGACCGGGAAAACCGCCUUCCCCUCCUACACCUUCUACGGAUGCUACUGUGGCCUGGGGGGCAAAGGCCGGCCACGGGACGCCACUGACCGCUGCUGCCUGAUGCACGACUGCUGUUACGAGAAUCUGACCGACUGCCACACCAAAACGGACCCCUACCAAUACAGCCGAGAGACGGGGACCAUCCACUGCGGAGGAGGCACCUUGUGCAAGAAGCAGAUCUGUGAGUGCGACAAGGACGCGGCCAUCUGCCUCCGAGAGAACCUGGACACGUACAGCAACAAACUCCGGUUUUACGGGGACUUCAAUUGCAAGGAGGGUCCCAAGAACUGCGCCGUCUCCGCAGGGCAGGACGAAGCCCCCCCUCAAACGACCCCACCGUAGCCGCCUUGCCCUAUUUUUCUGAAGGCAACACCGGCUAAUAAAACAG